AUGUCGACUUUGGAGGAUCUCGACGACCUCGAGCGUGAGGAGAGAGACAAGAAGCAGCAGGGUGAUGGCGGCGACGGCAAGCAGCCCGGUGACGGCGAUGCUGAGAUGAAAGAUGCCGACGCAAAGAAGAAGGAUGAGGAGGAGGAGCUUCUAGAUGAAGAGAUCCUUAGUUCAAGCACAGCGGACAUUGUGAAGCGGCGGCGAAUGCUGGAGAACGAGCUCCGUAUAAUGAAAAGCGAAUACCAGCGGUUGACGCACGAGCAAAAUACGAUGAGGGAGAAGGUCAAGGACAAUCAGGAGAAGAUUGAGAAUAACAGACAACUGCCAUACCUCGUCGGGAAUGUUGUCGAGCUAUUGGAUCUAGACGUCGAAGCCGAAGCUGCUGAGGAGGGCGCCAACAUCGAUUUGGAUGCUACGCGAGUAGGCAAAUCCGCUGUCAUCAAAACAUCGACCCGCCAGACCAUCUAUCUCCCCCUGAUCGGCUUGGUAGACCAUGAGAAGCUCAAACCCGGCGAUCUCAUUGGUGUUAACAAGGACUCAUAUCUCAUCCUCGAUACCCUACCGGCUGAAUAUGACAACCGUGUGAAAGCCAUGGAGGUUGAUGAAAAGCCCACAGAAAAGUACACAGACAUUGGUGGCUUGGAUAAGCAGAUUGAGGAAAUUGUCGAAGCUAUUGUAUGGCCGAUGAAGGAAGCCGACAGGUUUAAGAAGAUCGGCAUCAAGGCACCGAAAGGUGCUCUGAUGUACGGACCCCCCGGUACAGGAAAGACCCUUCUCGCUCGAGCCUGUGCGGCAGAGACAAACGCUACCUUCCUGAAGCUCGCUGGUCCCCAGCUCGUGCAAAUGUUCAUCGGUGACGGAGCCAAGCUUGUCCGGGAUUGCUUCGCGCUCGCCAAGGAAAAAGCCCCCUCAAUCAUCUUCAUUGACGAACUCGACGCCGUGGGUACCAAGCGUUUCGAUUCCGAAAAGUCCGGUGACCGUGAAGUGCAACGAACCAUGCUGGAACUUCUCAACCAGCUGGACGGUUUCGCCUCCGACGACCGCAUCAAGGUCCUCGCCGCCACCAACCGUGUCGACGUCCUCGACCCUGCCCUCCUCCGUUCCGGACGUCUAGACCGCAAGAUUGAGUUCCCUCUCCCCAACGAAGAAGCCCGAGCCAACAUCCUCCAAAUCCACUCUCGCAAGAUGGCCGUCGAGGACUCGGUCAACUGGGCCGAGUUGGCGCGCAGCACGGACGAGUUUGGCGGUGCCCAGCUAAAGGCCGUCUGCGUUGAAGCUGGUAUGAUUGCGCUCCGGAAAGGAAUGAGCAAGGUCGGACACGAAAACUACGUCGAUGCCAUUGCUGAAGUCCAGGCCAAGAAGAAGGAUACGAACAUGGGUAUCUAUGUCUAA